AUGGCUAGCACCAUUGAGCUCCCAAAGGAGGUCUGGCUUGAGGUCUUCUCUCAUCUCGACUACUUCACGCUCAAGAACUGCAUGAGCGUCAGCAAGGCCUUCAAGUCCUUCACCAAGCUCCCCACUUGCCAAAAGACCAUGUUCCGCUCCAAGACAAUCAUUCCAGAUGGAGGCAAUAUCAAUCUGGCCAAUGUGCGUGUGCAUCCAGCAUUCGAUUGCAUGUCAUACGAAUGCGCCACCGACCUCGACGAGGUGUAUCUCGGUGACGACACCGUUCUCGCCGACACUUGUGCUGCCGACGAGUACGCUACCGACCCUCCUGUUGCCUUCCUCCGUCUCCGCGUCGUUGAGUGGAAGCCUGUUCAGAUCACAAACAAGAGUGGUGUCACGGUUUUGCAGGUCAUGAAGUCUCUGUGCCGCUUCUUCUCAAACGAAAACCACCGUGACUCAAGAGGCGAUCACACCGGAUGGACUGGCUGGGAUGAGACAAAGCUCGACCGCAAGGGUCGUCUCGUGCUCGGUGUCGACUGGUUCGACUCCUGA